UUAUGACCUUGACUGCUGUUAUAAGCGGAGAACUUUCAAAACUCGACAUAUGUAGGCACUCGUAAACAAAUGGUUAAGGGGAUUGCUGUCCUUUUUGAAUAUGAAACUCCAAAACUUGUACAGAUUUCCAACAUUAGAAUUGGAGUUACUCAACGCCUACUUCAAUUGGUUAUACUUAUAUAUGUCGUUUGCUGGGUUAUGAUUUAUGAGAAGGGAUAUCAAGAGAAUGAUAUAGCUAAAAGUGCAGUCACGACUAAAGUAAAAGGUGUCGGCUUUACAAACUUUUCGCAUAUCCCGGGGAUCGGGAUACGGAGUUGGGACGUGGCGGAUUAUAUAGUACCACCUUUGGAAAAUAAUGCACUGUUUGUGAUCACCAACUUGGUUAAAACUGAACGUCAGUCACUUUCCAAGUGCCCAGAGAGUUCAUGGGUUCCCGAGGCAGCUUGUUAUAAAGACUCAGACUGUAAACCCUAUUUUAUUACCCAUCUUGGCAAUGGUGCUCAUACAGGCAAAUGUAUCAUUAAACCAGGAAAUGAUAUUGGAUCAUGUGAAAUAUAUUCUUGGUGUCCAUUAGAAAACGAUACUUUACCGCUUGGUAAAAAAUCAUAUUUAUUCCCAAUGGUUUAUAAUUACACACUACUUAUCAAAAAUGAUAUAAAUUUUGAAAAAUUCGGUAUACAUCGACGAAACAUUCAAAAUUGGGCAUCCAAAAAAUUUCUUCGUACAUGUUUAUAUAAUAAAACUGAUCCAGAAAAUCGAUUUUGUCCAAUAUUUCAGUUUGGUACUAUAUUUGAAGAAGCUAAUGUGGACCAAUCAAUAUUUAUUAGUGGUGGUGUAAUCGGGAUUGAUAUCGAUUGGAAAUGUGAUCUUGAUUGGGAUGUUCAAUAUUGUAAUCCAACUUAUUCAUUUCGACGAUUAGAUGAUGCAAAUGCUAAAAUAGCUUCAGGAUUUAAUUUUCGUUAUGCUCAUUUUUACAGUGAAAAUGGAACUAACUAUCGAGAUUUGAUAAAAGCUUAUGGUAUAAGAUUUGUUAUUCAUGUUAGCGGUGAAGCUGGUAAAUUUCAUCUUCUCCCAUUGACAAUGAAUAUUGGUUCAGGUUUAGCUUUACUCGGUUUGGCGCCAACUGUCUGUGACAUAAUUGCAUUAAAUCUUUUAAGAUCAAGAGAUAUUUAUCAACGUGCAAAAUUUGAAACAAUUGCUGAAGAACAAGCUCAUUUAUCUAGUCGUCGUGCUGAUAAAGCACAACGUAAAAAAUAUGGUUUAUCUAAACGGAAUACAGAUACAGUAAAUGAAAAUUCAGAUGAAAAUGGUAAAAUUAUACAAUGGAAAGAUGAUCAAGAAUUUAUAGUAAAUGAUACAAAAACUAUACAUUCAUCAACAUAAUCAUUGAAUAAUUGUAAAUUCAAAUGGAAAUGGUACGUUUUUUUUUUUGUUGUUGUUUUUUCUCUCUGAAAUGGUCUCACUCAUCUUACAUGAAACUGUUGAAACGUUGAAAGACAAUGUAAUCGAAGCGAUGAAGUAUAUAUACAUAUAUGUAUAAGAUAGGAUCAUUUCCUUCAAUCUUUAUUCAUAUCUUUUUAAUUGUUAUUCGCUCGUACAUAUUUGACGUUAGCUCAAAUUAUAUCUUCACUUCUUUAACUAUUGGUGGUUAUGCUUUUGGUUUUUUAAAAAUUCCAAUGUGAUACAUGACAAUCAUUUACAUUUUUAACAUCUACAUUCAUAUUUGUUUACAAACUAUCACUAACAUAAAGUAAAAGGAUUAACAUACAUGAAAAGUUAUAUCAUACUUCUAGAUCUGUUGUAAAUGCUUACAAAUUUUCAUUAAUUAUUGUCAUUUGUCUGCUUUGAAUGUGUUCCCUUUUGUUUUGUCUUGUUCUUUUCUGUUUUGUAUUCAACAAUUUCUAUUCGGUUAUCUGUUUUCAUUUAUAAUAAAUUAAUGUAUUUCAUUCCUGUUAGAAAUUAUUUGUUGAGAAUGAACAACAUUGCAUUUCCCUCAGCAAUCACCACCAUCCACGCCCCACCCCCAAAAAAACACAACGAAAACAAAAAUGGAUCCAUUUCAUCAGAAUGUGAAAAUAUUCAAAUAUCAAUUGGUUACUAUCAUCUUAAGAAAUGAUGUCCAUUUAGCGCGCGAAAAAAAGGAUUUUGAAAAUAACCAGUAUUUUCACAUUUAUAUGCUUCAAUUUAAAGUUAUUGAGAAACUUUUUUUCUUAAAUGAUAAACUAACAAAUUGGAACUAUUCAUUUGAAACUUUCACUACGUUCACUUUGAUGUAACUUUAUUAUGUUUGUUUGGUGAAAGAAUAUAAUUUGUGAUGUUUCUCUCUCUCUUAAUUCCUUAGUCUUUUUUUUAUUAUAAAAUUAUUUUACAAACAUUAUCUAUGAUAAUCUUAAUGUAUUAUGCAUUUGUCAAAAGUACACAUCUGUGAAUUAUUAUAAGUAUAUAUACAUAGUCUAAAUCAUGAAAUAAUCUUAGCUAGAACACUACUGAAAACCUGAAAACUUUGGACGGACGUUUCAUCCUCGUAUGAGACUCUUAAAAAGUGAACAUCCAGAAAUCUACCACGGGGAAUCGAACCUAGAACUUUCGGUCUGUCAUGCAAAUGUUUGACCUUUGGAUCACUAAUCUGAUAUCUGAUGUUGUGAGUGUCCAGCUUCAAUCAAAUCAUGAUAUUGCACAAUCGUCAUCUAUCGUCUACAGUAAAUAACAAUAUCACAUCUGAUAUGGUUGAACUCUAUUGGUCACAGCUUCGUACUAGAUUUCCUGGAGUUGCAUCUUGAAACUAGUGAGCACAUGAUUAUUUUGAGUAUUUAUGUAUAUGUCACGUGUUUUCUAUAUAUAAUUCCUAUUCGAAAAA